AUGUCCUCCUCCCAACGCGGACGAAGUCCUACGCAUCAUCACAGCAGCAGCAACACAAAUAACGCGUUAGAGUGGUGGGAUUUACGCGCUAAAGUCGAAAACAGCGCGACAUCGUCCACGGGGACCCCGAACGUCGUCUUGGACCAAAUCUCCGGUUCGCAGCGCGCGGGGCGGUUACUCGCCGUCCUCGGGCCGUCUGGGUCCGGGAAAACGACGUUUUUGAACGCUUUGAGUGGACGUCUGCACGAAAACACCGGGUUAAACGACCACGCGAAUUCGACGAAGUUUGUGUUCAACGGUGACGUGCUUUUAAACGGCGAGCUCGUGGGACAAGCGAGGAAGCGUUCGAAGACGUCGAAGACGCUCAGCGGCGAUACGGGUCAACAUCGGACAAAUGUAAUCUCGUACGUGGAACAAGAUCCGAAAUUUUUCAGCAACAUGACCGUGCGUGAAACGUUAACGUUGGACUGUCGAUUACGGGAUUGUCGAUUGACGAAACGAGAGUGCGCGUCGAUGGUCGAGACCGUUCUGAACAGGUACGGAUUGACGAGUUGCGCGGAUACUUUAGUCGGCGGGGAUACAGGCGGGAAGGAAGUGAGAGGGAUAUCGGGAGGCGAGAAAAGACGGUUGAGCAUAGCGUGCGAAACGGCGUUCAGUUUUGGUAGUUUUGUAGCAGAUGGUGAGCGGAAAGAACAACAUCGACAUCAUCAUCAGUUGGUCGUGUGCGACGAGCCGACGUCGGGUUUGGAUGCGUUUUCCGCCGAUCGCGUGGUCUCCCAAUUAGCCGGUCUCGCGGUUGAACGAAACGCGGUUGUCGUGUGUUCUUUGCAUCAACCUCGAUCGGCGAGUUGGUCGAGAGCGCACGAUGUCAUGCUCUUGGCGAAUGGAGGGAGAGUCGCGUAUCACGGUCCGGUAUCGAAAUGUAUACCGUAUUUUACGAGCAUCGGGUACGAGUGUCCGGCGAAUUACAACCCGGCGGAGUUUCUCAUCGACCUGGUAUCCAUUGUGACCGAUUGCGGGGUGGAAGCGUGCGAGAAUUCAAUAGAUAGAGUAGACGAUAUAUGCAGGACGUGGCGAAGACAAAAACCGUUCGUCGAUAGACAAUCGAUACAAGCCGAGUACGAGGAAACGAAGGCGUCGGAGAGGAACAUGUUCGAUCCGAAGAGAAAUCAGAAACAGAGGACGCUGAUGACGUACCAGGAUUUCCACAACAUGAUGCACGACCACACGCUGACGAGAGCGGAAACGACGAUUACGCAGGAAAAUGGUGCGCCGUUAUCGUUUCGUGAUUUCGAAAAAACGUUCGCGAAACCGUUGGAGACGUACGCGAGUAAGAAAAAUAGUACGGCUGAUAACGGUACCGACACGGCGAAUAAUGGGAUCGAGAAAAGCAGAUUUAGCGAAGAAAAAGAUGACGACGAACGCGAUGACGACGACGGCUAUAAAACCGCAUCGACGAUACCGAUGAAAAGAAAUGAACAGAGCGACAACGAUGAAAACGACGACGAAAAUUUGAAUGAAUUCGAGAAAACGAGGAAGAAGAUUCUUUCGCGUUCCGGAAGCGCGGAGGAUGUGCACUUGGAAAAGAAAGACAACAAAAAUAACAAUCAAAGCGCUACUACUGCUGCACCGACGACAAACGCUGCUACCAAAGCCGGCGGGCCUUUAAAACAGUUCGUAAGACAGGUCUCGACGACCAUACGCUCCAAAGUCACCAAAAGUGCCUCCGAGACGUCGGCGAAUACGACGACGACUGAGUUUGAAAUCUACGACGCAAAUGGAGGCCGAAAUUUUGCCUCGUUCGGUUCGACGCCGCCGUCGCCGUUUCAGCAAUUUCAACUGCUCGUCGGUCGAAGCUGGAAGCAAACGCGUCGCGAGAUGUGGGUCAACGGCGUACGACUCGUCGCCUCUGUUGGGCUCGCGACCGCGUUCGGGUCGUGUAAUUUUCGAAUCUCCAAGCACCCGUCGACGGUAAAACGACGGGUGAGCGUUUUGAUGCAAAGUUGCAUCAACAACGGCAUGUUAGCGUUGUGCCGCACGUUGAACAACUUCCCUCGCGAACGUUUAGUCGUGCGACGCGAAAUGCGAAGAAACGUCGGCGGGUACCAUCCCGGCGCGUAUUUUUUUGCAAAGUUAUUAGUCGAAACGCCAAUCGAUAUGCUCUUCCCAGUCGCGUUUGGUAUGAUUGUUUCGCCGAUGGUCGGUUUGAAUCCCGCCGGGAGACAAAAGUUCGUUUCUGCGUUAGCUUUACACGCGGCGAGUUCUGCGGCGUUAGGUUUGGCCGUUUCCGCGAUUGCGCCAACCUCGGAAACCGCGUUAGCGGUCGGGCCGUGUUUCAUGGUUCUGUCAAUCAUGCUCGGCGACGCGACCGGCGCUUUCGGUGAAGUUCCGCAAGCGUUGAAACCGUUGAGCAACUUGUCCGUGGUCAAAUGGUCCUUCGAAGGCGUCUUAGCGUCUGAAUUCGAAAAUUUGACCUUUGAUAAGAACGACGUCGAAACGGAUUCGUCCAAACAACUUCGUUUGCGCGCGGAAAAGAAGAAGCGCGAGAAAUCAUCGCAUUCGAUCGUAUACGACGCCACGAAAUGGGCGACGAGCAAGUUAGAGUCCAUCGGCCCCGAGCGCGGAGAAGAUGUUUUGGAAGAGUUUGGGUUGAAAGCGAAAGGUCAAGCGAGGGAUGCCGCGAAAGGACAGUUUGCGGUCUUUUUAUUCAACGUCGCGUUAGCCUUCACCGCGUUGACGUUGAAGGAGAAACAGUGA